UCUGAUUACUAUUUGAAACUGAAGAUUAUAAAAACUGGGAGCAGGGGCUGAUGAGAUGGCUCAGUGGGUAAAAGUGCUUGUCUUACAAGCCUGAUGACCUGAGUUCAAUAUCUGGCACUCGUGGGACAGGUUAUCUUCACCUGUUGUGUGAAGCACAGCACCUUUCAAGACUUUGUAGAAAUGGACAAAGAAGACAGGAAGACUAUCAACAAGGGUCAAGAAGAUGAAAUGGAGAUACAUGGCUAUAACUUAUGCCGAUGGAAGCUUGCCCUGGUUUCUAUAGGAGUGAUUUGUACUGGUGGUUUUCUCCUCCUCCUCCUCUACUGGAUGCCUGAGUGGCGAGUGAAAGCCACAUGUGUUAGAGCUGCAGUUAAAGACUGUGAAGUGGUGCUACUCAGGACUACUGACGAAUUUAAAAUGUGGUUUUGUGCAAAAAUUCGCUUUCUCCAUCUGGAAAAUCAGCCAAAUUUUAAUGCAAAAUCUUUAGUUAAUAAGGUUUCUAAUGGCCAUGCUGUUCAUUUAACUGAGAAUCUGACUGUAGAAGAUAGAUUUGAGAUGAAUAAAUACUCACAGACUCAGUCACAACAGAUUCGUUAUUUCACCCACCAUAGCAUAAAAUAUUUCUGGGAUGAUACCAUUCACAAUUUUGAUUUCUUAAAGGGACUGGAUGAAGGUGUUUCUUGUACAUCAAUUUAUGAAAAGCAUAGUGCAGGACUGACAAAGGGGAUGCAUGCCUACAGAAAGUUGCUUUAUGGAGUAAAUGAAAUUGCUGUGAAAGUGCCUUCUGUUUUUAAGCUUCUAAUUAAAGAGGUUCUAAACCCAUUUUACAUUUUCCAGCUGUUCAGUGUUAUCUUGUGGAGCAUUGAUGAAUAUUAUUACUAUGCUCUAGCCAUUGUGAUUAUGUCCAUAGUAUCCAUUAUAAGCUCACUAUAUUCCAUUAGGAAGCAAUAUGUUAUGUUACAUGACAUGGUGGCAACUCAUAGUACCGUGAGAGUUUCAGUUUGUAGAGUAAAUGAAGAAAUAGAAGAAAUAUUUUCUACAGACCUUGUGCCGGGAGAUGUCAUGAUCAUUCCAUUAAAUGGGACAGUCAUGCCUUGUGAUGCAGUCCUUAUUAAUGGUACUUGCAUUGUGAAUGAAAGCAUGUUAACAGGGGAAAGUGUUCCAGUGACAAAGACUAACUUGCCAAAUCCUUCAGUGGAUAUAAAAGGAACUGGGGAGGAGUAUUACAGUCCAGAGACACACAAGCGGCACACCCUGUUUUGUGGAACAACUGUUAUUCAGACUCGUUUCUACACUGGAGAACUUGUGAAAGCCAUAGUAGUUAGAACAGGAUUUAGUACUUCCAAAGGACAGCUUGUUCGUUCUAUUCUGUAUCCCAAGCCAACUGAUUUUAAACUCUAUAGAGAUGCCUACUUGUUUCUGCUGUGUCUUGUGGUGGUGGCUGGCAUUGGCUUUAUCUUCACAAUCAUAAAUAGCAUUUUAAAUCAGAAAGAAGUUCAGGAAAUAAUUAUUAAGUCUCUUGAUAUCAUUACUAUUACUGUACCACCUGCACUUCCUGCUGCAAUGACUGCUGGAAUUGUAUAUGCUCAGAGAAGGCUGAAAAAAGUUGGGAUUUUCUGUAUCAGUCCCCAAAGGAUAAAUAUCUGUGGACAGCUGAAUCUUGUUUGCUUUGACAAGACUGGAACUCUUACCGAAGAUGGUUUAGAUCUGUGGGGAAUUCAGCGAGUGGAAAAUACCCGAUUUCUUUUGCCAGAAGACAAUGUUUGUAGUGAGAUGUUGGUAAAAUCUCAAUUUGUUGCUUGCAUGGCUACUUGUCAUUCACUUACAAAAAUUGAAGGCAUUCUUUCUGGUGACCCACUGGAUUUGAAAAUGUUUGAAGCCAUUGGAUGGAUUUUGGAAGAAGCAACUGAAGAAGAAACAGCACUUCAUAACCGGAUUAUGCCCACUGUGGUUCGUCCUUCCAAACAGCUGCUUCCUGAAUCUACAGCUUCAGGAAACCAAGAAAUGGAGCUGUUUGAACUUCCAGCUAUUUAUGAGAUAGGAAUUGUUCGACAGUUCCCAUUUUCUUCUGCUUUACAACGGAUGAGUGUGGUUGCAAGGGUACUAGGCGACAAGAAAAUGGAUGCCUACAUGAAAGGAGCCCCUGAGGUCAUUGCCAGUCUUUGUAAACCUGAAACAGUUCCAGUUGAUUUUGAGAAAGUUUUAGAAGAUUAUACCAAACAAGGCUUCCGUGUAAUUGCUCUUGCACACCGAAAAUUGGAGUCAAAACUGACAUGGCAUAAAGUACAGCAUAUUAGUAGAGAUGCCAUUGAAAACAACAUGGAUUUUAUGGGAUUGAUUAUAAUGCAGAACAAAUUAAAGCAGGAAACCCCUGCAGUACUUGAAGAUUUGCAUAAAGCCAACAUUCGAACUGUCAUGGUCACAGGUGACAACAUGUUGACGGCUGUCUCUGUAGCCAGAGACUGUGGAAUGAUUCUACCUCAGGAUAAAGUUAUUAUUGCUGAAGCAUUACCUCCAAAGGAUGGGAAAGUUGCCAAGAUCAUUUGGCAUUAUGCAGACUCCCUGACACAGUGUAAUGAAUCAUCAGCAAUUGACUCAGAGGCUAUUCCAAUUAAAUUUGGCCAUGAUAGCUUAGAGGAUUUUCAGUCUACUCCCUAUCAUUUUGCAAUGAAUGGAAAGUCAUUUUCAGUGAUACUGGAACAUUUUCAAGAUCUUGUUCCUAAGUUGAUGUUACAUGGCACCGUGUUUGCCCGAAUGGCACCAGAUCAGAAGACACAAUUGAUAGAAGCAUUGCAGAAUGUAGAUUACUUUGUUGGGAUGUGCGGUGACGGUGCAAAUGAUUGUGGUGCUUUGAAGAGGGCACAUGGUGGUAUUUCCUUGUCUGAGCUUGAAGCUUCCGUGGCAUCUCCUUUUACUUCUAAAACACCUAGUAUUUCCUGCGUGCCAAACCUCAUCAGGGAAGGCCGUGCUGCUUUAAUGACAUCAUUCUGUGUGUUUAAAUUUAUGGCAUUAUACAGCAUCAUACAAUACUUCAGUGUUACUCUUCUGUAUUCUAUCUUGAGUAACCUGGGAGACUUUCAGUUUCUCUUCAUUGAUCUGGCAAUCAUUUUGGUAGUGGUAUUUACAAUGAGCUUAAAUCCUGCCUGGAAAGAACUUGUGGCACAGAGACCACCUUCGGGCCUUAUAUCCGGGGCACUCCUCUUCUCCGUCUUGUCUCAGAUUAUCAUCAGUGUUGGAUUUCAGUCGCUGGGUUUUUUCUGGGUCAAGCAGUAUAAAGUGUGCGAUCCAUAUUCAGAUGUUUGUAAUACAACAAGAAGCGCUUGUUGGAACUCAUCACAUUUGUACAACGGAACUGAACUCGAUACAUGUGAAAUACAAAAUUAUGAAAAUACCACAGUGUUUUUUAUCUCCAGUUUUCAGUACCUCACAGUGGCAGUUGCCUUUUCAAAAGGAAAGCCAUUCAGGCAGCCUUGCUACAAGAAUUAUUUUUUUGUUAUAUCUGUGAUUAUUUUGUAUGUUUUCAUAUUAUUCAUCAUGUUGCAUCCAGUUGCCUCUGUUGACCAGGUUCUUGAGAUUGUGUAUGUACCAUACCAGUGGCGUAUACAUAUGCUUAUCAUUGUUCUUAUCAAUGCCUUCGUGUCUAUCACGGUCGAGAGCUUCUUCCUUGACACGGUCCUUUGGAAAGUUGUGUUCAAUCGAGACAAACAAGGAGAGUAUCGUUUCACCACCACACAGCCACCACAGGAGUCAGUGGAUCGAUGGGGAAAAUGCUGCUUGUCCUGGGCCCUAAGCUGUAGAAAGAAGACACCAAAAGCUAAAUACAUGUACUUGGCGCAGGAGCUCAAAGACGAUCCUGAAUGGCCACCUAAACCUCAGUCAACGACGGAAGCCAAAACUGUAGUAAAGGAGAAUGGAUCAUGUCAGAUCAGCACCAUAGCAUAGCAGAGACUGCUUCUGCCGUGCUAGUGACAGUAUUCAGGAGGAUGUGCUUAGGCUUCUGACACUGUGUGUCAGAACGGCACUAUUUCAGUUUAUAGCCCUCUCAUACAUAGUACAGUAGUUGAUUAAAAAACAAAACCAGUAAAAUGGCAUUUGCCUCACAGUUAUUAACUAUCAAUCUGGCUAGAUCUUCAUGCAGUAACCUAAAUGUGAUAUAUUGGGUGUGAGAGAACUGUGUUGGGGUUUUUAGAUUUUCGACACUAGUUUGCCUCUUUAAUUUUCACAACCCUUUAUUAGCAAGUUCCUUUUAUAUAUAGGCCCUAAAAUUGGGAUAGUUAAAAUAUGGUUGUUAAUUAUGAUUAGCCUUUGGUGAAAAUAGGUUUAAAGUCUGUUUUGAUUCCAAUGUUUCUCCCAAAGAAUUCUGUGUUAAAUAUACACCAGGUUUUUUGUUUGUUUGUUUUUGUUUUGUUUUUUUUUUUUAAACCUGGAGAUAGGAGUAAGUUUGUAUGUUAUUGUUGAUAGAGCAACUCAGGUAAUUUCCAUUUCUGGUUUUCUAUUCUCUGUGUAGACUACCUGGGUGUCACUUUCUAGCCAGCAAGGUGCUUCACUGCUGUCUUGAUGUCUUUCAUAAUGUUUGUGGGUCUCAUACUGUGUCUGACGUCAGCAGUCUGGUUUGCUUCAUUAAAUGAAGAAAUUUUUCAUUAGAAAAGUUUUAUUUCUGAGCCAGGUAGUGUUGCAGGCCUGUACUCCUUGCACAGGAGGCUGAGGCAGGAUGAUUGUUCUUAGUUCAAGGAUAGCCUAGAGUAGAUAGUAAAGCCCUGUCCAAAGUACAUACAUGCAGAAAGCGAUGAUUAUUUCUCUUGUUGGUAGAUCUUAUAACCCUUCAAACCUGUUUGUUUUUCUUUGAGGAUUUAUAUCAUUUUAAAUGCUCUUUCAUUAUCUUUUUUUUUUUUAACCUAAAGGAAUAGGAAAAUACUGUUUUGUUUUUGGGUUUUUUGUUGUUGGUGGUUUUGUUUUGUUUUGAGUUAUAUCUUAACCUUGGUAUAUGUCUUUCCUUUGGAUAAUGAGGCUUAAAAGAAUAGUGAAUAUUGAGUUUGGCUUUUACAAAGCAAUGUGAACUUGAGUAGAGUUUGUUUUAUGCCAUUAGGUGGCACUAGAGGUCAGCACAUAGCUGUUUUGUUACAAGUGAGCUUGAGAAAAUACAUUUAUUGAGCCAAAAGAAAUGUAGAAAGCAUUUUUCACACUUGUGUUUUAUCUGAUUAAUGUUCAUUUCUUAAGUAACACUUCCACUCUGCCUUCCUAGAUAGGAUCUGGCAGUUUGGCAGUGCCUGCAGUUAUGAUAAACUUGGGAAGCUGGCAUUGCUAUAAAAAUGGACCCUAAAUUAGUGACAUUUAUUCUGUGUUUUCUUAAUUAACCACAUGUGUAUGCUUUCCACGCCUAGUUGAUCAUUACUAUCCCACUAAGUUUACCAAAUGUUACCCAGAUUUGUAGAACCAUUUUUUCUUACUUUUUAUGUUGCAGAGACCUGAAUAAUGUUUGAUAAUUGUAAAAAAAAAAAAAAUGUAAAUUAUUCUCAGGAUCACUGUUACUGCUAUUGCCACUAGUGAUUCCUACAAAAUACAUAAUCGAAUUUCUCCAAAAUGUAUGAUAUUACUAUAUGUUAGAUAAGAACAAUUGUCCCAUGAAUGAUUCUAUGAAGCUAUGCAUCUUAGACCUCUUGAGCUGUGAAUUAGCACUAUUUUCUAUAGUUACUUACUGUUGUUUUAUACAGUCCACGUUCAUUUCAAAUAAUGCUCAUGUUAUUCUUUAGUGAUUUUUCUGAAUUGUUAAGUCUUAUUCUUUGAUUUAAAUGCUGAAGCAUAUAACUAAUUGCUAACUGCAGCUUAGACCCAAUAUCAUUUGUAUUUAACAUCCUCAAGAGAAUGAUCAUAAAAUGCUAUUUUGAUACAUACCCCUUUUAAUAUUUAGGGUUGAUAGGGUUUAUAUCUCAUCUGUCCAUAUUGUUUGCAAAGGAACAAGGUUUUAUGUAGGUGAGAGAAAGCAUUUGUAGAAGUUAGAUUUCAACAUAGACAGGGUAGGUUAUUCCAGUGAGGAGGAUGUUUGAGGAAUGUCUGUCAGUCCAGACAUGGGUCCUGCUUAGUGCGGUAGGUAGAUGGACUCUUCUGUAGGUCACCGUCAUAUAGAGAUUUGGGUUCUGAAUUUUACAUUAAAUUAUUUGAGUAUAUACAGACCUAAAUUUUAAAAUCUGUACAUAUAUUAUUUUGAUGUAUUAAGAUUGAUAAUAUUGCUGAUUUAAAUUUUAUUUAUGCACAUACUUAAAGGACAGAAAUGUCUGGGAAAGUAAUUGUUAAAUAAUGAUAUGUAACUUUUUAACUUUUUAAAUAAAUAAGAUUUUUUAACAUGGGUCUCCCUCAGGGUUGUUUAAAGUUGUUUUCCUCCCUUGAAUAUAAAUAAAUAAUGGUAACUGUUUUCUAUCUUCUAGCACCAACUGCUGUAAAGCAAUGCUGCAAAUAGUGCUUGGGUGAGAGCGGCGAAACCAACAACAAACCAAUACUUUUCUAAGUUUUACAAGCCUGAAAUUCAAAAGCUUUCUAAAUUGCACUUGCAUUUAAGUAAACCCGUUACUGGUUUUUUUUUUUUUUCCCUCACUAUUUAUUUUGUCUUCCAUGUUGAUGAAAUACUACAGUUUCAAAGGCAUGGUAAAUAAUGUGUCAUAUAUAUAUAUAACACACAUCUAUAAACCCUGUUCCAAUCAGCAAAAGCUCAUACACAGCAAGGAGCAGCUUCAGGCUUUAGAGAACAUCUAAUUCAUGCAUGCAGUUUUGAUGUGUCUAAGAAAGGGGUUUUCUAUAUUUAUGGUGGGAGGUUACUGGGAACUUUUAACAAGAUAGGGUAUUAACUUUUGUACAGUCUGGGCAUUUACAUGUAUUUUUAAUGUAUUACGAUUUGGUAAUUAUGUGCACAUGAAAUUAAUAAACAUUACUUCCUGUUAUGAUUUGUGAAUUCCCUAAGACUGUGGAUUUUUUUAAGUAACUUUAUAUAUCAGAAAUGAUACAUCUUUAUAUUUUUUAAAUUGUAUUGCUGCUCAAGAAUGGUACCCUGUUGUCAAAAAGGUAGAUAUUCAUAAUUGUACAUUCAGCAUUGUAAAUAACUUUAUGAAAUCUUUUUGAUUGAAGCUAUUCAAAAUAAAAAUUUUAAUGAAUUAAA